UGCAGCCGGGCUGAGGGACGGUCCCACAGCCGCUCCCGGAGCCGCGACCAUGGCAGGUGAGAGUUACCCCGGCUUCCUUCCACCCUUCGAGCGCUUCGCCACCGAUGCCAUCCACGUCGGGCAGGAGCCCGAGCAGUGGCGUUCCUUGGCCGUGGUGCCGCCCAUCACGCUCACCACCGUAUUCGAGCAGCGGGCGCCCGGGAAGAACGAGCGUUAUAAAUACAUCCGGUGUGGGAACCCCACUCAGGAUUGCCUGGAAAAGGCUGCAGCUGCCCUCGAUGGAGCCAAAUACUGCUUGGCUUUUUCCUCUGGCAUGGGAGCAAUUCUGAACAUCUGCCACCUGCUGAAGACAGGGGACAAAAUUGUCUGCACGGUUGAUGUCUAUGGAGGCGCAAGAGAAUUAUUUGAGAAAAUAAAAGAGGAGUUUAAUUUGAAAGUGGUUUAUGUUGACUGCACAGACCUACAAAAGCUGGAAGCUGCAAUUACACCAGAGACCAAGCUGGUUUGGCUCGAGAGCCCCACCAACCCCGUGCUGAAGGUGAUCGACAUCCAAGCCUGCGCAGAUGUGGUGCACAGGAAGCAGAAGGGAGUGCUGGUGGCAGUGGACAACAGCUUCAUGUCUCCAUAUUUCCAGCGUCCUUUGUCCCUGGGGGCUGAUAUUUGUGUGUCUUCUGCAACCAAGUACAUGAAUGGGCACAGCGAUGUUCUCUUGGGCCUGGUCUCUGUAAACCGGGAUGAUCUCUAUGAGAGGCUCAAAUCCCUGCAGAUCCGCCUGGGAGCUGUUCCCUCUCCCUUUGACUGUUACAUGUGUAACCGGGGGCUCAAGACUCUGCACAUCCGGAUGAAGCUGCACUUCCACAACGGCCUGGCUGUGGCCAAGUUCCUGGAAACCCAUCCCAGGGUGGAGAAGGUCAUUUACCCAGGGUUGUCUUCCCACCCCCAGUACCCUGUGGUGCUGAAGCAGUGCACGGGUGUUUCUGGCAUGGUCAGCUUCUACAUCAAAGGGGAAAAAGAAAAUGCCAUUGCCUUCCUCAAGAACCUGAAGGUGUUUACCCUGGCUUUUAGUCUGGGUAGCUACGAGAGCCUGGCAGAGCAUCCGGCCACCAUGAGCCAUCGCUCGAUGGAUCAAGAUCUCAAGAACAGGCUGGGAAUCACUGACACCUUGAUCCGCCUCUCGGUGGGGCUGGAGGAUGAGGAGGAUUUGAUCAAAGACCUGGACCAGGCCCUGAAGGCUGCGGUGAGUGAGGAGCUCCCCCCCAAAAAUAAUCCCCAACCAACCUUCAGCUCCUCCCAGAUGGACCCUGGGCUGUGGAUUUAGAGUUUCCCUCUGCUCAGGCACAUUCCCCAUGGAUUCAGGAGCAGUUGGGAUGUCCCAGGCACAGUUCCCAUGGAUUCAGGAGCAGUUGGGAUGUCUCAGGCACAGUUCCCAUGGAUUCAGGAGCAGUUGGGAUGUCCCAGGGGUUGCAGUGAUGGGAAUUUCCCUGCUCAGGUCAGGCUGAGGGAGACUCACUCAGGGCUCAGGGUGAGUUUCAGGUUUGUCAGGGAGGAGUUUCAGAGAGGGUAGGAAAGGUUUGUUCCUGUAUUUUCUCUUUUUGUGUGUGGUUGUUUUUUAUUGGGGGGAAUGUUGGGGUUUUCUUAUGAGAGGGAAAAUUAUCAUCAGUAACUCCACAUAUUUCUCUUUGCCAGCAUGAAAACAAAAUCUAAUGCUAAAAUGUGACUUUUAUAUAUGGGAAGGAAAAUAAAAAUGUGUGGCUGAUAGAGGGGCAGAGCACAAUGAUCCCUCCCUUUUCUU